AUGUGUCCCGGAGAGGCCGUAACCGUACCUGUUGACGAUGUCCUGCCCGAACAGAGCGCGUCACAAAUCAGCAGCAACACUCCAUUCGCGCUGUACGAAAAGAACAUAUUCAGCCCUCCUACCAGUCGACUGUCCUCGAGUCCGAAACGAUCCUCAAGCCCAACCCGCGAGACACCCAUCAUACUAAGGAGUGCAUGGCCUCCGGUGAUCGUAGAGAGUCUAAACGGUCUAAAGGACGCCCCGCCAACGCAUGUCGAGCGACUCGGUGACCGGUUAGUCGAGGGCGUUGACUUCGGCUUUAUUCCCAAAGGAUUGGAGCAAGUCAUCAAGGCCGAUCUCAAUGUGGGCUACCAAACCAUCAAACCGGCCGACUUCGACGCUGGCGACAGGCGCUCUGCUAACGAGCUGACGGCUUUGUGGGAGACCGUGAGGGACAUAUUCCUCAAUGCGCGCGAUUGCAAGGAUGGCAACCGUGAUGAGAAUGCGUGGUGCGAUGAUGUGGUACAGCCACUACUCCGUCUCGCGAUGCAUUUAUAUGGUAACACGCGAUGGUGGCUCCAGAGCGUUCAAUCCCAGUCCAUCAGUCCCGCCUAUCUCUCCGCAAUCCCCGCCUCCACCCCUAACGACGCCACCCGCCAUAAGCUCAUCGACCGUAAGACUGACUACGUGCUUUCCUACUCACCUUGCGACCCCACCAUCUUAGCACUCUAUAAGCGCCUCGUCGCCGCAAAUAGAGGAGAAAUUUCGCACACCCUCGAUACUUUUACAAAGCGGACGGCCCUCUUCUCGGGGUUUGAGGUCAAGCCUGCUUACGGAGUCCAUACCGAGGCGGAGCUGCAGAUGAGCAUAUGGAUCGCCGCAUCUUUGCGCAAGAAGCAGCAACUCGCACACGCCGCGGAGGUCUUAUUCGAGCCCGCGGCGAUGGCGGAGCCCGCGUUUACCGUUGUUGGCCAUGAGCACUACGUAUACUACGCCUAUCCGCAGGAUGACCUCGUGGCUGGGAGAAGUGGCGUGCAUGUGCUGGGCCCGGAUUCUGACCGGUUUGAGAAACUAGGAACGGAUUCAAUCCGUGGCAUCUUUCGGUUGGUCAGGCUAUAUGGGAAUUUGCUGAAAUAUGGGAUUGAUGGGGUUGAGGAGGGGUAUUGGGGGGGUUUCCUAGGCCUGGUGCUUGAGAAGCUGGCUAGCUAGUGGGAUUUCGACAGAUGUCGACGGGGUUCAGGUUGCCUAAUAAGCCUCACGAGGCGGUCCUGUUCGCAGCAUCUAAGCGACCUCAAGCUUCCAGGAAAUGGCGAUAUUCAACGAAGGAAAGUGCGCCUCCGUGGUUCAGAUGCGUGUUGAAGAACGCAGAUGGUGAAUCGAAGCCACAGUCACCAAUGUCUGCACGCACUGCACCGGAAGUAGGAGGUGUCGAAUAUAGCGUGUUACCCACCUCACCGCACCCUUCCCCUGUGCUCCAUCGGACCUCCCACCGUCCUACCCAGUAUUACAUCACCAACCAUGGAAAAAUAUACGAGCCCAUAGAGUUCCCAAU